GCAGGUGGGAGACUUCCAAUGACUUGGUACCCAGAAUCAUUCACCAAGGUCCCCAUGAAUGACAUGAACAUGCGAGCGGAUCCUUCUCGUGGCUACCCAGGGAGAACCUACCGUUUCUACAAUGGAGAUCAAGUGUAUGGAUUUGGCCAUGGCUUAAGCUACACCAACUACACUUACAGUCUCUUGUCAGCCCCUAGCAGGUUGAACUUGUUAGGAUUUUCAACCACUCGAAAGAGAGUAUUAGGAAGCCAACAAGGAGGGGGAUAUGUAUUCGUCGAAGACAUACCAUCUUGUGAUUCGCUCAAGUUCUACGUGGUAGCAUCUGUAAGUAAUGCUGGAGAUGUGGAUGGAAGCCAUGUGCUGUUGCUGUUUGCUAGAGCUCCAGAAGUGGUUGGAGGGACUCCAUUGAAACAACUCGUGGGCUUUGAACGCGUGAAUACGUUUUCGGGUCGGUCAACCGAAGCAAGCAUCUUGGUCAACCCUUGCAGACACCUCAGCAUAGCAAAUGAGGGAGGGAAAAGGGUGAUGGCUCUGGGAAACCAUGUCUUAAUGCUUGGAGACUUGGAGCAUACCGUUGCAAUUGAAACUCAUUAGCUCUAUUUUCUUCAAUUUCCAUUCUGCCGGUGUAUGAUAAUCUGGAAGAAGUAUGUUUGUAACACGAAAACUCAAACGUAAAUCCUUUUUCUUUGCCCUUAUGCUUUUCUCCGGGUGAUCAAGUUUGUGAGGAAGAUUGUUGUUCACGGCAAUUGUAUUGAUUUGUAAGUUGGUAUCCUUACUUUAAGUUGGCUCUGCAAUCCUAACUUGUGGUCGUCCGACUUUAAGUUCCAUUGCUUCUAAAGUCGCUAAGUAAGUUCCACUGUUAGGACUUCAAUCUUGUUCUUACUUGUUCAUCAUUUUGUGUUCACAUCAUUUUGUAUUCACAUGUGAUGAUGAUAUUUUGUUAGAAACACACUUUUGGGAUUCUCUUAUUAAUUUUAGUACAAUUAUUAUUAUUGUAGUUAGAUUUAGUCGAAUUAAGAUUAUUAUUAUUAGGUUUUUCAUAUAUUACUAUAAAUAUAUACUUGAGGUUGAC